AGUGACAAGGAUAUGAUUUUUCAAGUAUACAAAUCUGAUGAAUGGAAGAAGAGUGUUGAGGAGAUCACAAGAGCGGGAUUCAAAGUUCUCAUAUCGUCGUGUUGGAAUUUCAGUGAUGUGAGUCUCGGAGACGACUGGCGAGCGUUCUACGAGUGUGAUCCCUUGGAUUUCGAAG